AAUCCCGAGAUGAGCAUGCGCACAAAAACUGGGAUGCUCUCUCCGGGAUCUUCUUCCGAGAGGGGAUCUUCUCUCUGUCUUGGUUAUUAUAGAAACGACAACAAACGACAACGACCACUUGUUCUCCAGGUCCACCCUCUUUCAAACCAUAAUUUGUUUGUUUUUUUUAAGUAGGAAAGAAAUUGAUCAAAACUUUUGAAAAAGAAAAGCGUAUGAAAAUAUUUGAAAAGAUUUAAAAUGAUUUUCAAUAAAAGUGGCCACAAAUGUCCAAAGUGACCACAAAUGUCGAUAUGUGACAAAUCUAGGGAUUUUAUAGAAAGUUACGGAAAUGAAACAGUGUUUGGGCAUUGGUGCCAAUUUGAGAGCGUGUCCUCAACUGCCCACUACACAGUGGGCAUUCUACUAGUUAUUAUCUGCAUAUUAAGUGUGGCGGGAAAUCUAUUAGUGGUCAUUGUUUUCUCAAAGUAUCGACGACUGCGUAGUCCAGCCAAUACCCUGAUCGUGAAUUUAGCUGUGAGUGACAUGUUGAAUGGUUUUCUGCAUCCAAUGGCUGCUUAUUCUGCUUUCAAGGAGACAUGGAUCUUUGGUAAAGCAGGUUGUGAAAUGUAUGCAGCGUGCUGCGGCCUAUUCGGCUUGGUGUCUAUCAUCAGUUUAACGACGAUCGCUAUCGAGAGAUGCACCGUGAUAUCUAUCAAACCUUUGUACGGCGGGAACCUCUUUAGCAACAACAAGGCCAAGAUGUCCAUUCUCUUGAUUUGGAUUUACUGCCUCCUUCUGAUGUUGCCUCCUCUGUUGGGGUGGGGAGCCUUCGUACCUGAAGGCUUCCUCACCAGCUGUUCUUUCGAUUAUUUGUCGAGGGGUGCAUCGAACAGAUCCUAUUUCUUCUACCUGUUUACCCUCGGUUUCUUUCUUCCGGUCACCGUCAUCGGCAUCUGCUACUCUUUCAUCAUGAGGACCAUUCUCGAGAACGAGAAGGAGAUGAAGCGGAACAAAGUGAAGAAGAAGAGGUACGACUACAAAGCGGCCGAGAUGAUCAUGAUCGCCAUCGCGAUGUUCAUGCUCUCCUGGACACCCUACUCCCUCGUGGCUUGCAUAGGACAGUUCGGAAACGAGAAACUCCUCACCCCCUGGGUGUCAGUCUUGCCGAGUCUGUUCGCCAAGAUGUCCACCAUCUACAACCCCGCCAUCUAUGGACUCUCACACCGACAUUUCAGAGCGACUUUAAAACGAAUCUUUAAGAAGAGUCCUCAAAGUUCUGCGGGAGGACAAACGUACUUGAGCAGAAACUCUUCCGUACCGCAGACGCGUAACGCGUGCCCCUGUCUACCCAAUUACGCGGCGGGUGCCUGCAGUAGUUUUGCAUUGGAACUUCCGAUCUGCGAUCCUGAGAACAGUCGGGUCGUUUAUGUGAAGAAGACAACAGAGGAUGCAAAAUGCCGUGCGGACAGUCCUCGGAACCCCGUGGACCAUUCAAGGAACGCGUUCGUAAAAAGCUUAUUGUUUCGUAGUGAGAACUCAUUACACCAAAAAUACCAAAUACUUUUGAAGAACGAUCAUAUUAUGAGAGUGCCCACGCUCAUAUAUUUUCAUAGUAAUCAUACAUUUAAAACACUCUCAAUGUCUCAAUUGCGAUAAGCUUCAGUAAAAAUGGAAUUUACUCUUUUUUUAAAAAAAAUUUCUUCUCUUCGUAUUUUCUUCCUUUAAAAAUCUCUUC